UAAAAAUGAAAGAAUUAAAUUUGAAUGAAGCGAUGCAAUAAAUUAACUGGAAUCACGGAAAUUAUAACGGAAAUUGUGGAGAAUUUGAACCGAGUCUGGGUUUCUCUUCACCAGCCCGGCCUGCCAACCAGCCAGCCAGCGAAGCAGGUAUUAAUAGGAUCUUUCCUAAUUUCUAGGCCAAUCUGGUGUUUAUUUCCAAUGAACAAUUUGAAUCAAUAGCCAGCUAAAUUUAAUUCACUUCACGAGCUUCAAUAGCCAGCUAAAUUUAAUUCACUUCACGAGCUUGUGUGGAGUAAAGUGAAUCCUGUAUUGCCCAAGUGUCAAGCGAUACCAAGCUUGACAUGCCACUAAAGUUCAAUAUGCCACAUUCCCCCAGAUCCAUAGAAAGGUUACGUCAGUCAUACAACUGAAUCAACCGUAGCACGAUUUAAACCCGACAACAAGGACGGAUGGAGGCACUGUAUUCGUAGAAAAAACAGAAAAAUAUAGAGCAAUGGCUGAGAUUACGAUAGGCACACAGGAUUCAUCUUCUCGUAAUGGGUGGUUCGAGCGCAUGACAAGGAGCUAUCAGAUUCAGAACAAGUCUGAAAGCAACCGACCCAAGAUACAGAAUGUGCCGCAGAUGCUUAGUCUGAUCGAGUCAAAUAAGAAAUGCUAUGAUCCGUUGGUGGUUUCCAUUGGUCCUUACCACCAUGGGAAACCUGAGCUGAGUGUGGUAGAGAAGCAUAAGUUUUUAUUGACAAAGAAGUAUCUCGCCGGGACUGGAUCAAAUUUUGAGGAUGUGUACAACAAAGUAGCCGAGGUGACUAAAGAGGCAAGAGAAUGCUAUGAGGGGGACUUGAAACGAGAGAUUAGAAAGGAUGAUGAGAGACAAGAGAUUAGCGACGAGGAAUUCACUCUAAUGAUGUGUCUUGAUGCUUGCUUCAUUCUGCAGUUCAUGUAUUGCACGGUGAAGCAGAUGCGCGGGGAUUUGGGAAUGAAAAGAGACGUCAUGGCGUUCGUGCAACGGGAUCUGCUAUUGCUUGAGAACCAACUCCCUUAUCUAGUCCUCAAGAAGUUGAUCAUGACGUUUAAGUUCAAUGACGGUACUGAUGAAGGGGAGAGCAUCAUCCACAAGUUCAUCGAAAUGACUCAGGUCACAUCUCCCCAUCGAGUCGUUUCGUUCAAGGAAAUACUUUGUAAGUAUAUUUCUUCUACAAUUUGUAGCGGAUCAACUGUCCAGAAAGUGUCUGUGAAGAGAGAGACUGAAGAACCUGUUCAUCUUCUUCAAAUCUUUCGUGAAAAACUCAUCGAUGCAAAUGCAACAGAAGAUGAAAAAUCUAGUUCAAUACGCACAUGUUUUGGAAUAUUCAAGAAUAAUAGACAGGGUGAUGAAAAACCUGCACCAAGCAGUGGCUGGUGCUCCUAUCGUUCAGCCAGUGAGCUUAAAUCAGUGGGAAUACAUUUCAAGCCUGGUAAAACUCGAAGCUUUAAAGAUGUGAGCUUUAAAUCAACCUUCCUGGGUGGACAACUCACACUUCCUCAAAUAACCGUAGACGACUCCACUAAGUCGCUACUGUUGAACAUGGUAGCAUAUGAAACAUGCCCUGAUUCCCCUAAUGACUCUGGAGUCACUUCUUAUGUUUGUCUUAUGGAUACACUCAUUGAUACGGUUGAAGACGUGAAGGUGCUGCGAUCCAACAGCGUGCUUCUUAAUGUUCUGGGCAGUGACCAACAGGUGGCCGACCUCUUCAAUGGAAUAGCCAAUGAUUUGGUGCCUAAUCCCGAUACUUAUUCUCAAGUUAAAGCUCUCAUGGAAAAACAUUACAAGAAUAGAGUCAACAUUUGGAUUGCUGAUUGGCUGCAUACGCAUUUUAGAAGCCCUUGGGCCAUUCUGGCAUUCGUUGCUGCAGUUUCUGCCAUUACCCUUAGUUGCCUGCAAACAUACUAUGCAGCCAAUCCACCGAAUGGUUCGUGUUGAUCAGAAUGCUGCAGACGGUGGUGGCCGGUUGGGCCAUGUCCCUACCCUGUACGUGAGUUGUUUUGUGUGUUUUGUUUAAUUUCUCCCUUUUUUGAGCAAGAAGGUGAAAGUAUUUGUCAUGUAACAAAAUUGUAGAUUGUUUGCACAAUGUUUUGGUAUGUGGACACAAAUAACAAUAUGUGGUUUUGGCACCAUAUCUAUUAUCUACAUGCGGUUGUAUUAAUCAUAUGUGUGUAUAAGCUUCUCUUUCAUGUAUACAAAUGGGUAUUAUGGUUGUACGUGUUCCAUUA